GGAGCUCCUGUCACCGCUGGGGCCGGGCUGGGCCGGGCGGGAGUGCAGGGACGUGAGGGCGCGAGGGCCGGGACAUGGGGCCCGCGAGCCCCGCCACGCGCGGUCUGGGCCGCCGCCGGGGUCCGCCGCCGCUGCCGCUGUUGCUGCCACUAUCGCUGCUGCUUCUGCGCGCGCAGCUCGCCGUCGGGAGCCUGGCCGGUGGGAGCCCCGGCGCGGCCGAGGCCCCGGGGUCGGCCCAGGUGGCUGGACUAUGCGGGCGCCUAACCCUUCACCGGGACCUGCGCACCGGCCGCUGGGAACCAGACCCACAGCGCUCGCGACGCUGUCUCCGGGACCCACAACGCGUGCUGGAGUACUGCAGACAGAUGUACCCGGAGCUGCAGAUUGCACGUGUGGAACAGGCGACACAGGCCAUUCCCAUGGAGCGCUGGUGUGGGGGUGCCCGGGGUGGCCGCUGUGCCCACCCCCACCACCAGGUUGUGCCUUUCCACUGCCUGCCCGGUGAAUUUGUGAGCGAGGCCCUGCUGGUGCCCGAAGGCUGCCGGUUCUUGCACCAGGAGCGCAUGGAUCAGUGUGAGAGUUCAACCCGGAGGCACCAGGAGGCACAGGAGGCCUGCAGUUCCCAGGGCCUCAUCCUGCAUGGCUCGGGCAUGCUUUUGCCCUGUGGCACGGAUCGGUUCCGAGGUGUGGAGUAUGUGUGCUGCCCCCCUCCGGUGACCCCCAACCCGUCCGGGACAGCAGUUGGUGACCCCUCCACCCGGUCCUGGCCCCCGGGGAGCAGAGUAGAGGGGGUUGAGGAUGAGGAAGAGGAGGAAUCCUUUCUACAGCCGGUAGAUGACUACUUCGUGGAGCCCCCACGGGCUGAAGAGGAAGAGGAAGAAAAAGCCCCACCCUCAAGCUCCCAUACCCCUGCAGGGGUCAGCAAAGUGUGCUCUAGGAAAUGUAGUUCUCAAGGUAGGAAAAGUGACCUGGAGAUGAGCUUCAGUCUGACUCCGAUUCCCGGGCUCGCAGUGACUCCCACCCCAAGGCCCACAGACGGUGUGGACGUGUACUUUGGCAUGCCUGGAGAGAUCAGCGAGCAUGAGGGCUUCCUGCGGGCUAAAAUGGACCUGGAGGAGCGUAGGAUGCGCCAGAUUAAUGAGGUGAUGCGUGAAUGGGCCAUGGCGGACAACCAGUCCAAGAACCUGCCUAAAGCCGACAGACAGGCCCUGAACGAGCACUUCCAGUCCAUUCUGCAGACCCUGGAGGAGCAGGUGUCUGGUGAGCGACAGCGCCUGGUGGAGACCCACGCCACCCGGGUCAUCGCCCUUAUCAACGACCAGCGCCGGGCUGCCUUGGAAGGUUUCCUGGCGGCACUGCAGGGGGAUCUGCCUCAGCCAGAGCGCGUCCUGCUGGCCCUGCGGCGCUACCUGCGGGCGGAGCAGAAGGAGCAAAGGCACACGCUGAGGCACUACCAGCACGUGGCCGCAGUGGAUCCCGAGAAGGCCCAGCAGAUGCGCUUCCAGGUGCAGACCCACCUUCAAGUAAUCGAGGAAAGGAUGAAUCAGAGCCUGGGGCUUCUUGACCAGAACCCCCAGCUGGCUCAGGAGCUGCGGCCCCAGAUCCAGGAACUCCUCCACUCUGAACACCUGGGGCCCAGUGAAUUGGAAGCCCCUGCCCCGGCGGGGAGCAGUGAGGACAAGGGUGAGCUGCAGCCUCUGGAUUCCAAGGAUGCAGACACCCCCAUGGCCCUUCCAAAAGGGUCCACAGAACAAGAUGCUGCAUCCCCUGGGAAAGAGAAUAUGUCUCCCCUGGAGCAGUAUGAGCGAAAGGUGAAUGUGUCUGUUCCAAGGGGUUUUCCUUUCCACUCAUCGGAGAUUCAGAGAGAUGAGCUGGCACCAGCCGGGACAGGCGUGUCCCGAGAGGCUGUGUCCGGUCUGCUGAUCAUGGGAGCGGGUGGGGGCUCCCUGAUCGUGCUCUCCCUGCUGCUGUUGCGCAGAAAGAAGCCCUAUGGGGCUAUUAGCCACGGAGUGGUGGAGGUGGACCCCAUGCUGACCCUGGAGGAGCAGCAGCUGCGUGAACUGCAGCGUCACGGCUACGAGAACCCCACCUACCGCUUCCUGGAGGAACGACCCUGAACCAGCCCCCUUCACCCCUUCGGCUGAGCCCAGACCUUCCCUCUUCCUGGAGCCCCAGAACCCCGACUCCCAGCCUGGGGGAGGGGUCUUGAAAAAGUUCAUUUCACACCCCUUGUGAGGGGGCUGGAAAUUAUUUUUCCUUUCCAAUUCCAAAUUCCAUCCCUAAGAAGUCCCCAGGUAUUCCCAGCUGCCUCCCUGCUUGGGACCUCUUCACCUUAAUUUAUUUUGUACGUUAAUUUAUUGUUCCUUAAGGUGACCACUAGCUUGGUCCCAGUGUCUGUUGUUCCCUGAAAUUCACCCUCCCACGUGUCCCCCACUAACAUCCCAAUAAAGUCCUC